UGGAUGAAACUUUUCCCCUACCCCACACCCCGCCCCCUUGAGCUGUGGUCCCCACCCCUAGAAGACAGCGGAACCAAGGAAAGAAGAGGCCCCCGGACAGUAAAGUCAUGUCCGACUCCCUGGUGGUGUGUGAGGUGGACCCAGAGCUAAAGGAAAAGCUGAGGAAAUUCCGCUUCCGAAAGGAGACAGACAAUGCAGCCAUAAUAAUGAAGGUGGACAAAGACCGGCAGAUGGUGGUGCUGGAGGAAGAAUUUCAGAAUAUUUCUCCAGAGGAACUGAAAAUGGAGCUGCCUGAGAGACAGCCCAGGUUCGUGGUUUACAGCUACAAGUACGUGCACGCCGAUGGCCGAGUGUCCUACCCCUUGUGUUUCAUCUUCUCCAGCCCUGUAGGCUGCAAGCCUGAACAACAGAUGAUGUACGCAGGGAGCAAAAACAGGCUGGUGCAGACAGCAGAGCUCACAAAGGUGUUUGAAAUCCGCACCACUGAUGACCUCACCGAGGCCUGGCUCAAAGAGAAGCUGUCUUUCUUUCGUUGACCUCUGGGCUGGGAACCUGAACUCAAACCCCCUAGGGCCUGAACAUCCCAGACCUUAAAGAUAUUAAAAUGCAACAACUCAGAGACCCUCA